AUGCAGAACAAAGAAGGUGAUAAUAACAAAGAAGCCAGCGCUCCUGAUAGCGACGGUGACCACGCGGAGAUUCAAGAAGUCAAUCUCAAGAGAAGUCACAGCAGUGCAUUCGCUGGUGAUGACAUGAGCUCGAAUUCUCAUCCCAGCGACCUCCCUUCACGAAGGUCCGCCAAGCCCGAGCAACCAUCACCUCCAGUUUCCAACGGAUUUAAUCCUGCUGAAAGCCAAGAGUCCAAGGGAAAGUCGCAAAUCGUCGCCUACAGUGAGGCCUUCUCUGAGAAGGACGACGACUGGCUAUUUAAUCACACCAAGAUCAUACUGCGAAUUGGCAACGAUUACUUUGCCGCCAGUUCCCAACAGCGAGAAUCACAGCUCAAGAGCCUCGAUCAUUCUUCCCUUGACCUCACACUUAUUCCGCGAGAUCACUACUGUCCAAAGUUCAAGGAAGGCAUCAGCAAAGCACCCGAGACCUUGUCGCUUGGCGACGUAUACCCCAAGCAACCGAGCCUUAUCUCGUGGGAUGCCAAGGAUCCAAACCCUACGAGCAUUGCAGAUCUAGUUUUACAGGAAGCAGAGAUUUGUGAGACGCUCAAGAAACAUCCGCAUCCGAAUAUUGUGCGAUAUUUCGGUUGCUUGGACGAAGACGACAAGAUCAUUGGUCUGGUCUUGGGCAAGUACACCUCAAAACUAUCUGACAAGGUGGUCGAUUCUAGUCCUGAUCAGAGAGUGAAGCUUUAUGAAGGAGUUGAGAGAGGGGUGCGACACUUGCAUCAGAUCGGACUCAUUCACAACGAUCUGAAUCCUGCAAACAUUAUACUCGAUGGAAACAUCCCUGUCAUUAUCGACUUUGACUCUUGCAGGCUCCAAGGGGAGAAGAUGGGGGACAAGAGAGGGACUUUUGGCUGGGAGUUGGAAGAAGCAGAAUUUGCAGUACCAGAGAACGACUUCCACGGCCUUGAGAAAUUGAAGGAGUAUAUUGUUAGUGGUGGCAAGGUCCCUUUUGAUUGA